CAUGAGGAAGGUGGGAGGAGCUUUCUGGAGCUGGAGAGAAGGAGGGAGAUAGAGUUGUUCCAGUUGUUGGGUUUUUUCUUCUUUACUCUGAUUUCUCCGUGUGGAAGUUUGUGGGGUUUUUUGGUGAUUUUUGUAGAUUUUGGAGCGGAUUCUUCUCCCUGGUUGGUUCGUUUCCUCCUGGAAGAACGAGUCUGAUUGGUUGCGAUGACGACGGAGGCGGGGCCAGAGGCGGAGGUGAAGAAGGAGCCGGAGAAGCAGGAGGAGUGUGAGGAGCAGCAGGUCGAAAACCCCAGCGAGAACGCGGAGAACGCGAGUCCUCAGAGCCCUGAGAACCUCGAGAACCCGGAGACUCCAGAGAAAGUGAAGGCGGAGCCUGACGCACCCACAAGCCCCUCCCAGUCCGGCGAGCAGAAGAAGGACAAGGGCAUCUCUCGAUUUCUGCCUCCAUGGCGCAAACGGCAAAAGUCCCUCAGCCAAGUGGAGUCUAAAGACACGCCCACUCAGACCCAGGAAGAGGCGGAGCCAAAGGGAGACGACGGGUCACCUGAGCAGAACGAGGUGUCCGGCUCGGAGGCGCAGCCAGUGAAGGAGUCUGAGAGAAGAGGAGGAGAUCAGGAGGAGGACAGCGCCACGUCUCCUGCCAAACCUGGAAAGAAGAUGAAGAUGGUGGUGUGUCAUGUGACCCUGCUGGAUGGGAGCCAGUUCCAGUGUGAAGUGGAGAAGCGAGCGAAGGGUCAGAUCCUGUUUCAGAAAGUGUGUGAGCGCCUGAACCUUCUGGAGAAGGACUACUUCGGCCUGAGCUUCAAAGACAACGCAGACCAGAGGUGCUGGCUCGACCCGACAAAGGAGAUCAAACGUCAGAUUAGGAACUCACAGUGGCAGUUUGAAAUCAAUGUGAAGUUUUAUCCAGAUCCCGCACAGCUCACUGAGGACAUCACCAGGUAUCUGCUGUGUCAGCAGUUGAGACAGGACAUCGUGUCGGGGCGGUUGCCGUGUUCGUUCGUCACACUGGCACUGCUCGGCUCCUACACACUGCAGGCAGAGCUCGGAGACCACGACUCAGAGCAGCUCCACUCCAUCUCCGACUUCCAGCUCGCUAAAGAUCACACCAAAGAGCUCGAGGAGAAAGUGCUGGAGCUGCACAAGACCCACAGGGGAAUGUCCCCAGCACAGGCUGAUAUAAAUUUCCUGGAAAAUGCCAAAAAGCUCUCCAUGUACGGUGUCGACUUACAUCAUGCAAAGGACUCGGAGGGGGUGGACAUCAUGUUGGGAGUGUGUGCUAACGGCCUGCUGAUCUACAAAGACCGUCUGAGGAUCAACCGCUUCGCCUGGCCCAAGAUCCUCAAGAUCUCUUAUAAACGCAGCAACUUUUACAUCAAGAUCAGACCAGGGGAGGCGGAGCAGUUUGAGAGCACGGUGGGAUUUAAGCUGCCCAACUAUCGCGCCGCCAAGAGGGUUUGGAAAGUGUGUGUGGAGCAUCACACCUUCUUCAGGUUGUCGGAUCCGGAGCCGCCGACGAAGUCGAAGUUCCUGACUCUGGGUUCUAAGUUCCGGUACAGCGGGAGAACUCAGGCUCAGACCCGUCAGGCCAGCGCUCUGAUUGACCGGCCCGCUCCACACUUCAUCCGCACGGCCAGCAAACGCAGCUCACGCAGUGUCGACACCGCUCCAAUGAUCGAUGGUGGCCAAGCCCCAGGUGAAAAUGGCCGUGACCCUGCGCUGGACCUCUCCUCCGAUUCCAAGAUUCCACAGGUGAGAGAAGGGGCGGAGCCUGGGGAGGCCACCGACGCAGAAGUCGCUGCCGGAUCCGUAGCCGAGUCUGGACCACAAGGAGCCGAAUCUUCUCAAACUCAGAGCAAGCUGAGAGUGCAGGGAGAGAAUAUUUAUGUCAGACAUAGCAAUCUAAUGCUGGAGGAUCUGGAUAAGACUCAGGAGGAUGUUUUGAGGCAUCAGGCUAGCAUUAGCGAGCUAAAGCGCAGUUUUAUGGAGGCGGCACCCGAGCCCCGGCCCAGUCAGUGGGAAAAGCGUCUGACGGGCAGCCCAGUUGCCGCCAGUGUGCCUCUGCCUGUCGCUGGGAUAAACCCGGCCCACCUCGAGAGCGCCCUGUCCGACAGCGCUGACAUCAGCAAGAACGAACAGAAUUCAGGGCUUAACGGUCAGCCCGAGGUCAUCGAAGUUGUCGAGGAGAUCAUUGUUUUCGAGGAGGUCAAAGCAAACAAGCCCAAUAGCCCCGACCCUGAGGGGCAAUCGACGGAGGUAAUCGCAGUUCCCGAGAAAGCAAUGCAAGUGGAGGCGGCGCCAGAGAACAGCGGCACGUCGGAGAGCGAGAGCGAGGAGGAGGCGGAGUAUCACGCUCAGCUUCCGGCUUCCCCUGACUCCACCCAUCUGAUCACAGAGGAGCCUGAAAAUGAAAAGGAGCAACAGGUGGAGCCUAAACAAGAAGUCACGCCCACAGAGGCGGAGCCACAGCCAGUCAGCGAGUGUGUCGAGGAGGAGGAGUCACCACCGCCAAAUGAGCCUGAAGCAUCCGUUGAUGAAGUUUUGGUGACGCCUAACGAAACACCUAACGGUCACUCCGAUGGCCCGGAAGCGCCCAGCCCUCCGGCUGAGGACCAGGAGGAGGAGCCUCCCGUUGUCAAUGGAGACUCGUCUCACACGGAAACGGAGCGCGUCCCGCAGGUGAUCUGUUGCUCGGAGCCCCCGGUGGUGAAAACGGAAAUGGUGACCAUCUCGGACACCUUUGCGGCUCAGAAGACUGAGAUCACCACCAAAGAGGUUCCUAUCGUCCACACUGAAACCAAAACCAUCACGUAUGAAGCUGCACAGUUGGACGGUGCCGGAGACGGAGAAUCCGGUGUUCUUAUGACUGCCCAGACCAUCACCUCGGAGUCUCUGUGUACAACCACGACUACACACAUCACUAAGACGCUGAAGGGCGGACUCUCGGAAACGCGGAUUGAGAAGCGUAUCGUCAUCACUGGUGACUCGGACAUCGAUCAUGAUCAGGCCUUAGCACAGGCCAUUAAGGAAGCCAAAGAGCAGCACCCGGACAUGUCUGUGACCCGCGUGGUGGUGCACAAGGAGACCGAGCUGGCUGAGGACGACGAGUAAAGACCUGACCCCCAGCGUUUUAUCUCUCCCCCCUGCGUUCUCCGAGCGAGUGAUGGUGUCAGAGAGGGCGAAAGCAGGGACGACAACGACGCUUCAUUUCUCAUCGUCUCCGAAAAGAAAAGAAAAGAAAAAAUCCAGCAGAACCACUUCAGCUAACAUUUUCUAGUGUUUACGAUUUUUAUUUCUACGUUUUUUUUCCCCUUUAAAAUGUCCGAUGUUAAACCGGAGAUCGGAUUUUAAACAUUCCAACAGGUUGCUUUUACAGCUGCACUGCGCCGAAUACAUUUCUCUAGAAUCUCUCUAUAAAUCUCAAAAUACUAUUUAGGAUCUUGGACCAUGUUUUUUUUGGUUUUUUUUUUUUUUUUUAAGUGGGUGGGGCUUUUUUUUUUUUUUUUUUUUGAGAGAGAAUUGGGCGGGGCUUUCCUAGGAUCUCAUUUAAGGGACCAGUGUGAGUCGCUUCACUCGCACAUCAGUGCCAAUCCUUCCUCUAUGCAGACACACACACACUCACACGUUCCACCACAGGGAGGCGCACUUCGUCUACCUCUAUUACUAUUAGUAAAAAAAAACGCUAAAUAACAAAAAAAUAAUAACGGAUACAAAACAUGACCAAAAAAGAGAUUUUUCCGGAAACUCUGGGCAGCUCGGCACCUUCCACUUUUUCUCCGCAGGUUCUAUUCCUCCGAAAAAACUAACAGUUUGUACGGAUUUCACCCCCCCCCCCCCCCCCCCCCAACCCCCUUUUGUAAACAUUUUUUGACACUUUUUUUCCCCCCGUUUUGGUUCAUUUUCAUGAAUGUUUUACAGCAGAAUAAAUAAACGACUACAUUCUCUCUCUCUCUCUCGA